UACACUCACAUCUAUAUAAAUCAUCAAGAGCUGCCAUUUCCUGUGGCUCUCGUUCUCUCUUUCCCUUCCAUUAUUACAGACCACACUAUAUGGACUCUUCCGCCAGCACCGCCAUUGACGUGGAUUGCUCCGGCAGACGCGUCUCUUUCGCCGAUCAAUGCCAACCGAAUAACGUUCCUCUGCUUUUGCAGCCAUCUUACGCGAGGUCCAAGUCUAUCAUCUCCGACGAGCUCCGAAACUUUCGGAUUAGCCUCAAAUGGUGUGCUCUUGAUCACUCUUCCAGCCUAGGGAAGCUUAUCUCUUACGUCUUGUUCGUGUUUCUCGCCAUCGUCGUCCCUAUCCUCACCUCCAUCUUCAUUCGAGUCCCUGAAUCCGCCGCUGAAGAUGACCCCCUCUCUUUCAACAAGCUUGUUCAGUUACCAGAAUCAAUCCUCGCCAUUAUCUCCUUCUUUACUCUCUCUCGCUUCUUCCACAGGUACGGGCUGAGACAGCUUCUCUUCUUAGACAUCUUGCAGGACGACUCUACGUACGUUCGACGAGGGUACACGCGAGAGCUGGAGAAGGCCUUCAGAUACUUAGCCGCCAUAAUCUUACCAUCCUUCUUCGUAGAGCUUGUCCACAAGAUCAUAUUUUUCUCAACAGUGAAAGUGUCUGUCCCACAUAUAAGCCCCGGGUUUCCCCUGAAUUCCAUCGUGUUAUUGUUAAUGUUGGUUUCGUGGAUUUACAGAACAGGGGUGUUCUUGUUGGUGUGCGUGAUGUUUAGGCUAACCUGCGAGCUUCAGAUACUGAGAUUCGAAGGGGUUCAUAAGCUAUUCGAAGGUUGUGGCUCUGAUGCAAAUGUGAUAUUCCGUGAGCAUGUCAAGAUCAGAAAGCAGCUGUCUGUUACGAGCCAUAGAUAUAGGUUCUUCAUAAUUGGGUGUUUGGUUACUAUCACCGUUAGUCAGUCGGGUGCUCUCCUGCUGGUUUUAGCUUCCAAAUCCGAUAAGACAUUCUUCAAUUCCGGUGAUCUUGUGAUAUGUUCGGUGGUUCAGUUAUGUGGGUGCUUCUUGUGCCUACUGGGAGCCGCGAGGAUCACACACAGAGCUCAAGGGAUAGUGGCAAUUGCGACCAGAUGGCACAUGUUAGUCACAAACGCGUCUGCCGAAUCAGAAUCCGAUAAUCAAUGGAAAUCUCAGACUCCAGAAGGAUUUGGAAAUGAGAGUGAUUAUGAUACCUCCGACAUAUACAUAUCAGUAACCCCUCAACAGCCGUCUUCCUUUCAAACCAGGCAAGCUUUAGUGACGUAUUUACAGCACAAUAACGUAGGGAUAACGCUGUUUGGGUUCGCGCUCGAUCGAGGAUUGCUCCAUACUCUGUUUGCCUUUGAGUUUUCUCUGGUGCUCUGGAUUCUGAGCAAGGUGGUUGUUUUAUGAGCGAACGUUUAUGCCCAGAACGGAGCCUUGCUUGGAGGGUUUGUAUGAAAUGGGCCAUUUAUAGUUUUGAGGAGUUGAAAGGUUCAGCUUGAAACUUUGGGAGGCUGAGGAGCCGUUAUUUUAUAAAUCCAGUGUCUUUAUAUAUACUUUUGUUUGUUGCCGGCGCUGUAACAGCGGUGUAUUAAAUUCGUGUUAAAAAAAUUGUGUCAAGCUAGUAAAAAAAAAAAAAAAAAGAAUUUGGAAGUGUAAAAUACGAUGAUGGUGAUGAUGAUAAGUCUGCACCUAAGAAUAUAUAGCAGAUGGCAUGCAAGUUUCAUUUUUUGAAACUAGAGCUUUGGUGUUUAUCUGAAUUUUUGUGAAUAGGUUAUAAUUUGCGACUUUUCACUUCCCUAGUAUGUAUAA